GUUCUCCUCCCUCGGUUGGCUCGAUUCCUGUGAGGACGGGGCAGCCGCUAGGGAUAAACAUCAGAGCUCUUCAUACACAGCACAGUCUCUUCUGUGCUAGUCACACCGCGCAGCACACUUGGGCUUCCAAGCAGCAAAGACGUGUCUGUACAGGUCUGUGUGCACUCUGUACCUGGCGCAGAGGGAAGCUCUUCACUGGACUAAAGGCUUCCGCCAGAAAUCUCUUUCUCUCAAAGGAGCUGUGUCCUGUGUGCCCAUAGCCAUGGGCCAGUCUUCUUCUAAACCUGACGAAAAGGCUCACAAUAUGGCCUCCAGCUUUAAUGAAUUCUUCAAGAAUUUCAAGAUGGAAAGUAAAAUCAUUUCUCAGGAGAGCAUCGAUUCAAUUCAGUCACGUAUACAAGAAGGAGACAUCCAGAAGGCGAUUUCUAUCAUCAAUGCUGCCUUGACAGACAUUGAGAAAGCCCCCCUGAACAUCGCUGUGACAGGGGAGACGGGGGCAGGGAAGUCCACGUUCAUUAAUGCCCUUCGGGGAAUAGGACAUGAGGAGAAUGAGUCAGCUAGGAGUGGAGCGGUGGAGACAACCAAGGACAGGAAGGAAUACACCCACCCUAAGUUCCCUAACGUGACCAUCUGGGAUCUCCCUGGGGUUGGUACCCGUACGUUCAAACCAGAAGAAUAUCUGAAGGAAAUGAAAUUCCAGGAGUAUGACUUUUUUCUUAUCAUCUCAUCUACUCGCUUUAAAGAUAAUGAUGCCCAGCUGGCCAAAGCAAUCGAAAAAAUGAAAAAGAAGUUCUACUUUGUUCGGACCAAAAUUGACAGUGAUUUGUGGAAUCAGAAGAAAUGUAGACCCAGGUCCUACAAUAGGGAAGAAAUCCUGAAGGAGAUCCGAAAUAACUGUGAGCAGGAGCUACAGGAAGCUAAGGUGGCCUCUGCUCGUGUCUUCUUAAUCUCCAGCAUUGAGGUAGCAAAGUUUGAUUUUCCUAACCUGGAGUCCACCCUUUUGAAAGAGCUGCCAGCACACAAGCGCUACAUCUUCAUGCAGUGCCUCCCUACCAUCACGGAGACUGCUAUUGAUCGCAGGAGAGAGGUCCUGAAACAGACCAUCUGGCUGGAGGCUCUGAAGUCUGGAGCGACGGCCACCAUCCCCAUGAUGUCAUUCUUCAAUGAUGACAUUGAGGAGCUUGAGAAGAUCCUGACUCACUACAGGGCUUGCUUUGGGCUGGAUGACGAGUCGCUGGAAAACAUGGCGAGGGAGUGGUCCAUGUCUGUGGAGGAGCUGGAGUCCACCAUUAAGUCACCCCAUUUGCUGUCAAGUGAGCUGAAUGAGUCCGUGGAGGACAAGCUGGUGAAAAUCAUGGAGAAAAUUUUUGCUGUCACUGGUGGAUUCGUGGCCACUGGUCUUUACUUUAGAAAGAGUUACUAUAUGCAAAAUUAUUUUCUUGAUACAGUGACAGAGGACGCUAAAGUUCUACUUAAGAAAAAAGUCUUUUCGCAGGACAGUGUGGACUCUGAGUAAGGUUCUAAAGAUGGAGAGAGUGAGGCAGCUGGCCUGGGACUUAGGUGACUUUAGUGUCUUCAGGAGGAUGCUGGAGAGACGACUGAUGGCAUCCCUGAAGCACCCUGGUCAGGCUGUGAUGUCUCUUAGGCUUUGUGACCCUUGGGGGAAAUAGAGGGAUCAGAAUUAUGUCACUUCUAACUUGAAUCUUGUACAAUGUGCUAGUAUGAACUCUCUGGGCACAGAGUUUUCAUAAAUGAUUUUGUUUUUAGACAGGGUUUUACUAUGUCUCCUGGGUCUCCUUCUCUACAGAAGUAGACCAGGCUGGCCUUGAACUCAUACAGAAAUCCUCCUGCCUCUGCCUCUUGAUUGCUGGGAUUAAAGGUAUACACUACCAUACCUGGAAGAAUUUAAAAAAACAAAACAAAAAAACAUACAUAUAUCCACCACAUGACUAGAUUUUGUGCUGCUCUGCUGAGAACACUCCCAGGCUGACAACAUCAUUGUAUACA